CGCAAAGUAGACCCGAGGCUGAGCCCGAGGCGCGGGCGUGGUAAGAGGCCGAGGAGCCAGCGCGCCCGCUCCGGUAGAUGCAGCUCUGCGAUGAUGGACGCCCUGGAAGAGGAGAACUUGGCGCUGUCCUUCUCCUCUGCCUCUGAUGCAGAAUUUGAUGCUGUGGUUGGAUACUUAGAGGACAUUAUCAUGGAUCAUGAGUUCCAGUUGCUACAGAGAAAUUUCAUGGACAAGUACUACCAGGAGUUUGAAGAUACAGAGGAGAAUAAACUCAUCUACACACUCAUUUUUAAUGAAUAUAUUUCUCUAGUGGAGAAGUACAUUGAGGAGCAGCUGCUGGAGCGGAUCCCAGGGUUCAGCAUGGCGGCCUUCACGACAACGUUACAGCACCAUAAAGAUGAAGUGGCUGGUGACAUCUUUGACAUGCUGCUCACAUUUACAGAUUUUCUGGCUUUUAAAGAAAUGUUUCUGGACUACAGAGCAGAAAAGGAAGGCCGGGGGCUGGAUUUAAGCAGUGGCUUGGUGGUGACAUCAUUGUGCAAAUCAUCUGCAGUGCCGGCUUCCCAGAACAACCUGAGGCACUAGGUAAUGAAUGGGAUCAUUCUGGAGGUCACCAGCUAAAGGGCUCUGAGACUUCAGCUGAUAACAGGAGAGUGCAUUUUGGAAAGCCUGCUAUUCUACAGCCCUUCAUUCGUGUUAAGUAUUGGUGGGUCAGAAACAUGACCUGGUCCUCCUAGCCCUGUUUCUCCUGAACCACCUUCCUUUAUUUAGUACCCCUAGUGCUCCUCCCUGUGGACAUCUCACUUGGAUGCUUCUGAGUCAGGAACUGGAGCAACCCUACGCCAGCCAUCCCCAGCGUGCACACUGAUAUGGCUGUCAGUGGUGUGCAGGAGCUCAGUCACCAACCCUCUAUCCCUGCAGGCUUGGCAUGAGUCCUUUUGUGUAUUCAUAGCUCUUUUUUACAUAGGUCAGAGUUUCAGACCUUAAAUCUUAAUGGGGUUUUUGUUAGGGAGUAUUAAUCCAGGGAGUCACUCUCCUGAGCCAGCCACCCAACCUGAGAUCUCAGAAUCUGCCAUGACCCCCUCCUGGCUGGAGAAAGCAACCAAGAGAGAUGCCCUUUACCUAUAAGCUCCAUUGAAAAUCCACUCCUGUCUCACGUCUGCAGUCCUUGUAACACCAUCUUCUGCUGGUUCUGAUGUAGUCUUCCCUGUUUCUAAACGUCUCUUUUUAAACAUUUUCAAGAAAAUAUUUUUAUAGAUGAAUACUCAGGCUAACCUCGUGGAUAUGAUCUUGGAACUUCCAUGAUUACCCACUUAAAGAUCAAAGUAUUAUAUGCUGUGUGCUCUGUAGUUGUCAGUGCUGUGAAGGCAAAAGUACUUCCUACAUUGCUGUGGAUGCAUGUGCUGCAAAUAGACUGAAGGAAGCUAUCUUGCUAUUACAGUAAAUUAAUGCUAUCCUGCUGUCGAAGCAUGUUAAGAGUGUUUCUGCACGCUUGCUUAAAUCUUUUCCAUAUAAGCCAUUCUGUUUGGGUUUCUGUUGGAGUACGUAGAGCCUCUGCACCCUUUUCUUCCUAUCCAAACCUCUCCUGCCGAUAUGGUGCUCCCUGUCUGGCUCAGCAUGAGUUGUGGCAGUGGACCCUUUACUGGUCACCUGUCAGCUUUGACUUAGCAGUGUUUGGUAGACCAUUUCCGACCUGGAAACAAGUCAUGUUUCUACAAAGAAAAACAGUUCAAUUCUUAAUGUGUACUUUUUUAUAGUGAAAAUAAGAAUCUGUACUUCUUUUCACUUCACUUGGCCAUUCUGGUUUUAAAGGAUAAGCUAUAAAAUGUGUGUUUUUCUGUACUAAUGUGUUACUUACUUUUAUACCAUGAGUAAAAUUUGAGGUGUUUUGCAAGAGCCAUCACUCUAAAUGAGUUAUCCCUACCCCUCAAUGUAGCCACCAUGACAGCUAUUACUGCUUUGGUCCCUCCAAACCCAAGUCACUCUCAGAGCCAGCUCUGUCCAUGCCAUCUCUGCUGGGCUGGCUACCCUUCCUGCUGCUUUGUAAGUAGGACCGUCCAUCACAGCCGACACAUUAGAAGCAGGUGGUAAGAACUGUUGGUCAGCCUGCUGGUUGAGAAAAGGCAGGCAACAAGUCCAAAGAUGAAAUAAUGAAGACCAAGAAAAAAGGGAAACUGUCCUUUUCACCCUUUCUACACAAGAAGCAGCUUCUAAUCCCAGCACUUGGGAAGCUGAGGCAAGAGGACUCCCAUGAGUUCAAGGCCAGCCUGGGCUACAUAGUGAGUUCACUGAGGCCAGCCUGAACUACAUAGCAAGACCAUGUCUUAAUAGUUUACUAGGGAUUGACCCUUGUGUAUCAUUGGCAGGCACUUUACCAGUGAGCUGCAUUCCCACCCUUUUUAGUUUUAUUUUUGAGACAAGGUCUUGGCAAGUUGCCUAGCUGGUCUCUAACUUGCCAUCCCGCUGCCUCAGCCUUCCAGAUAGCUAGGAUUACAGGCAUGUGCCACCAUGCCCAGCAUAUUUUUCUUAAACUAGAAAUCCUUUCUUAUCCAUUAACUAAGACUGGGAUGUCAUGCACGUCCUCUGAUGGGUCUCUGGGAUGGCCUGGGGUGAGUGACAUUCAGGACCAGCCCAGUAGGCAGCUGCGCUCUCCUGGAGCUCAGGACCCUCUAUUCCUGGGAUGCAGCAGUGAAGAACUCAGUCUGUAGUGUCUGCCCUCAAGCAGCCAUGUUAAGUGUCAGAAAGCCAGGUGGGCUCUAGCUUGUCUAGGAUUUUGUUUUCUCUUAAGCCUCAAACUUGGU